GUUGCGGUCAUCAUGACUACGCCCACCUCCCGCAGACCAUGUUCCAUGGUAAGCGCUCCUCUCGCGCGGCGCACAAGUUCGCGCGCCCGGCGCGCUGGGGCACUCCACUCCGGGACGCGCUACUGUCCCCUGCUCCAAGGCACAUCCGGGAAUAGCCCGGCCUUGCACUUUGGACCUGCAGAGAGUACGGGCUCUCCCACGGGCAGCCCCCAGCCGCGCCCGAGCCCUGUGGCCCGUAGCCACUUACACCUAUGGCUGCUGCGCCUAGCAGAUUGUGAGAAGUUGUCCCGAAGCCAGCCUUCCGUCCCCAGACCGAGCGCUUCAGCCCUGGUGUGGCGCGGCGGCGGCAGCCUACAGCCGGGUCUCAGAGUUUCUUUUAGGUAUAUUUUUGGAAUUCCUCCCUUGAUCCUUGCUCUGUUGCCAGUAGCAUCAUCUGAUUGUGACAUUGAAGGUCAAGAUGGCAGAGUAUAUGACAGCAUCUUACGGGUCAGCAUCGAUGAUUUAUUGGAAGGUACCUUUCUGUAUCGUGCUGCUCGCAAGUUGAAGCAAUUUCGUAAAAUGAAUAACACUGACAAUUUCGAUCACCACUUAUCAAUAGUUUCACAAGGCAUAUUAAAACUGUUGAACUGCACCAACAAGGUUAAAGGAAGAAAAUCACCUCCCCUGGGUGAAGCCCAACCCACGAAGAAUCUGGAAGAAAAUAAAUUUUUAAAGGAACAGAAAAGACAGAACGGCUUGUGUUUCCUAAAGGAACUAUUACAAAAGAUAAAAACUUGUUGGAAUAAAAUUUUGAGGGGCACCAGAGAACACUGAAAAAUAUGGAGUGGCGAUAUAGAAACAUACGAACUUUAGUUGUAUCCUCCAAGAAUCGCUCUGCUUAUGCAAUCUUUUGGAAUAGAAUGUCUUCUGGAAUUACUGCCUGCACCCUGGUAAAAAUGGAUUAGAGCAAUUCAGAAAGCCAUACUGUGUUACUAGAACAUGGAUGCAAACAGCCAUGGACGCUGCAGUCAAUAAGCUGCUUCAUACGUAUGCAGAUGUAUAUCAAUCGGUAUUCUGUGCUGAUUUCUGUAAGACAAUUCAUGUAAGGUAUCAGUUGCCAUAAUACUUUCCAAACCUGUUUAAAUAUUUCAGGAGAAGAUAUCAAGUCCUUCUGAUGAGGCAUGUAAAGGUCACAGGAUUCGAAAUUAACACUGUUUUAUUAUUAAAAUAACUUUAUGGCCCACUAGGAAUCAGGAUAGUAUAUGAAGAGUGUCAACUGUGGACAGUGCCCCUGAGAACAAGAGAGUCAUAUACCUUACGAACGAUAUCAAGAGAUGUAACUGAGCGUGAAUCUAUAACACAGUGCCUUCAAUAAAUGAUCUAAUAAAUGUUCUAAAAUGAAAAACAGGACAAUCAAAAACUAGAAAUGCACCUCGUCUAAGGGUACUAAACCUUAGUUCUGAGUUCUUUUUUUCAGUUGUGUAUAAUAAAACUUGUCUCAAUGAGUUUGCAGUUUGAGAUGUAUAUUUUUAAGAGAAUAAUAUAUGCC